CAAAACAAGUCAGUCUGCCAAAAAUCGGCCCAAAAACCGAUAUACGCCCUUUUUGCACGAAAGCCUUGAAUUGUCAGGUUUGUCCCUUCAAUGUAUUAAUGAAUUUGAAAUGAACAAAAAUCAACAUAAAACACCAGAGAAAAACUUGAAAGCUCUCCUGACAAAGAGUUAUCGUAAGUUAUUUUUGGACAAAGAAAGAAAAUGUGCACAUGAAACAUACACACUGCUUAGAUUAUGUUUUAUCGAGGUUCCUGUCCGUUCAUAUUCUGCAAGGGGAAAAGCCCUAGGUACCAAGGUAAAUACAAACUGGGAGUGAACAGGGUAGGGGUGGGGACUUGCAUGACUACCGUGCCAGAGCUACACACUAUGCACUCUGCACUAUCUGAGAUUGUCUCACUAGUUUUGAAUCUGUGGCUGAAACCAACGGUGCAUGAAAUGGCCUGGAAAAAAAAAGCUAUUUCAACAGAUUUCAAGGAGCAAUAGUACCCCAAAAUGUGUAUAUGAUGCAUUUGACUGACUGCCUGCUUUACUGAGCGGUAAAUUUUCCCUCAGCUAACUGCUAGGAUCCACUCAGAGCUUUGCCUUUGCAAGUUAAACUAGCGAGGCAAUCUCAGAUAGUGCAGAGUAUUAAGCUAGCACUGACACAUGUUAGUCACACAGGUCCCCAGUCGUCAGCUAGGGCUUUGUAGAAUAUGAAUGUACAAAAACCAAGUGAUUAAGGCAUAAUCUUAGCAGUAUAUAUGUGUGCAUGUGUGUAUUUUCAUUCAAGCUACAAAAAUGUGACUUAUAAUAAUCGUUAACCAAAACACUUUCAGAAGACUUUGUUUUAUCCAAAGUGCAAAUGUUCAUUGCAUUGAUAAACAAAUGCUAAUGCUAUAAUCAAGUAGUCACAGAAUAGCAGAUACCUAUUUUAUUGUGACCAUCGAUCGCAGUUUCUUUGGUUUUAACAAUACAACCACUUACAAUUAAUGCGUAAUGAAAAUUAAUGCACAACAAUAUCGAUUAAUAUAAGAAGAGUUUUAAUGGGAAGUGCUGAAGGUUCCGUAGUUUCUAUUCCAAACCCUGACAAACACAGCCACAGAAGUGCUAUGGAAUCUGCAACAAUAAUUUGCAGUUUAAAAAGUUUUAACUUGGGAAAGUUUCGACAAAAUAUGAAUUUUUUGGUCUCUUUCAUAGAGACCUCUAUAGGAUUAAAUAAACAAACCACCAAGGAGAAACAAUACAUUUCUACUCCACGCAAAUACAGUUGUGUACUUUGAAAACAGCAGAUAACAUUUCUUGAAACGAGCUAGGCGUAAUUCAAAAUGAUACAUAGUCACAGUAGCAUUCUUUACGUUUAUAAAAGGAAGAAGUGACGUUAUCCAAAAUAUGACUGCUGUCCCGACCAAAAUGAGAGUGUACCAUCACAAGAUAUCACAAGCGCAUGGCUCUGGAGACAAGGAAGGGAGGGUAUCACAAUCAUGAUGCUAGAAUGAGGCUGACAGUAAAAUCUGUAAGGCAGCAAUUUCUGGAGUACUUGGGAUUGGAGAAACUUAGGGCAGAGCAAAAGGAAGUUUUCAAAAGCAUUGUGCAUGAUAUUUAUAAUUUGUAUUCUAAUGAAAACCAGGAACAAAAUGGAGAUCAAGGUUCAAGUUCGGAAGAUUCUCACAUGACAACUGAAACUGACAAUGUUUGUGACCUUGUGGUAUCAUGUUCAUCUGCAAGUUCAAGAAAGAAGAAAAGAGACCAUGGAAUAGCUAAUGAUGUAGGCUCUCACAGAGGGGAAAUGUCCAGUCACAAUAAUAACAUGUCUGACGAGGAAAAACAGAAAGGAAAAACUGUCUCUGAGAAGGAGGUAUUACAUAAAACGGUUGGAGAAAGAGGACAAAGGAAAAAGAAAAUUGCAUCAAAAGAAAAGGCCUUACAGGCAGUUGAUAAAUGGGUAGAGUUAACAGAUUCAAAAAGUGACGAGGAACAAAAUAGAAGGACAAAUAGUAAGUCUGGGAAUAAAAGAUCAUGGAAAAUUAAUGAUGACACAGAGGUGGAUGAUUGCAAAGGAAAUGAGGAAGCACUAGGGAGAAACAAUGGGUCCAAGAAAAUUACAGCACAGAAAAUGGAAGACAAUGCAGAUUCUAAUGAUUCUCACAGAGAAGAGGAAGUUCUGAGGAAAACGAAUACAUCUGAGGAGAAAAGAUCACACAAAGUUGAUGAAUAUGAAUUGUCUGGUGUUUCUAACAGUGAAGAUCAGUUAAAUAAAGAACAAGAUCAGGGGAAUGCAUCGCACCAUGAUAACUCUAAUGUGCAUAGGAAUGAGGAUAACACCCAAAAGACAAGACUCACAAAGAUGUCAAAGGACACCACCUCUAGAUCUGCUGACAGGUUAAAAAAAUUGCCACCACAAACUGCAGACAGUAUUAGACUUAGGAACUUAAAACGUUUUGUGCGUACUUGUGGACUGCAUAAGAACUAUGUUAAACUUUUUUCUGAGUGUGAUACUACGUCCCAAAGGGAGAAAACUUUAGAAAGAGUUCUGCGAAAGGAUACAGGUUUUCAAGGGAGAAUUACACUCAGUAUGUGUAAGAAGUUUAAGCUGGCCAAAGAGGAAGCAGAUGAACUGGCUGAGCUGGACUGCAAUAACAUCAUUACAGCAAACCAUGGUCGGCGUGCAACUAGAAGAACACGCGCAGGAUUAGAUAACCAGCUCACACCAUUGACUGGCCUUAACUCGGAUAGCCCCAAACUGUUCAGACGACUUAAAGGAGUGGUCGAUAGUGAUGGCAGUGAUUCUGAGGAAAAACCACGAACUGGAAAACAUCCACUGGGCACUUGUCCUAAAAAGCAGUAUCCUGAAGAAAACAGCAGAAAAAGACGGAGACUUAACAGUAGUUCAGAUGAAGAUGGUGACUAGUCCAUGUGCAAUUAUUGCAUUACUUUUUACACGGGGACUAUUUUAUACUUUAAAGGAGAGAAGUAAAGAGCAUUGUGUAGGGUACUCUAUGCGGUGAUGCCCCGGGGGGUGGGGGGUACUUGGGUCAAUCUUUGUUGGGUAUGUGCCGCUGGCCUCUCAGAACCCCUACCCCAUUAUAGUCAUAUUCUAUGGCCAAUUAUAGACCCCAUCUUAGUCACUUUUGGGUAAAUGUAAUUUUCACGACCCCAACCGUAUAAAUCCUUUUAAUUAAGUCUUUCUAAAAUGAAUUGACGCAUUUAAUAAACUGAAUGAAGAACACUUUACUUUACAACUGCACUAUAAACAUUCUGGUACAUUUGCUGACCAUAAACAUUUACAAACAUACCAUCAUAAAUAGUUGAAAUGCAAACAUUAAACAACAAAUAUUAAACAACAGCAAUAAAUACGGUAACAUUUUUUUUCGGCGAAUCUUUCCGUUUAUAAAUCACAACUUGCCAGAAUUUUCUUACUCUCAAAAUCCCGGAAAAGUGUGACCCCAUUCUAGUCACCCUAUGAAAAAUGCUUGAAGAGGCGCCCCAUUUUAGUCAGUCCAGUAGUGAAAAUGCGACCCCAUCCAGCGGCACAUCCCCAUUAGCCCAUUUAUAGAAGUGCCCGCCCCCCUCGGGGGGUGAUGUCUGGUUUUAACACCAAGGACCAUUGUUAAAACAUUUAACAAUGAAGCAGAAAUUAAAACCCCCAAAGUAACUCAGACUAGUUUUUUUCAGACUAGGCUUACACUAGAGGAAAUUGUUCCAGAUUCGUGACGAAUCCAAAACGAUUCAGUACCGGAUUGAUUUUAGCAUUUACACAUAAGUGCACGAAUCCGAAAUAGAAACUGUUAUUGUAAACAGAUUCCAUCCCUAGAGGGUAGUGCUGAUUGUUUAGUUCUCAAGAUUUUUAAUAAAGGCAUGUAAGAAUGUGUUUUGGGUAGGGGAUAUCCACAUGUAAAAGACAUUCAGGCACUUGUCAUUAAAAUUAUUUUAUAAUACAUGUAAAUUCCUUUUUGGGCUGGCAAAAAACCCCUGGGCAACUCCAAUAUGAAAAGUUCAGGGAUACGUGUCUGAAAAUUUGAAUUAAACCCCCAAAGGAGACCAAUCUGGGUGUGAGUUCAACUUUAUUCAACCUGUAAAAGAUACCACUCAAAACGGAAGAUACGGUGGCCCAUUAGGGACAACUUUACAAACCAGAAAAACACGAAAUAACAAAUAAUAUCACUGCAAACUAAAUCAAAGAUACUACGAAUGAAGUCAAACCAGCACUGCCAAUGAAAGAUCGAAUGCAAUCCUAUAAUUAACGCAUGCACACCGCCAAAAAAUUAAACGCACACUGCAAAUGAAAGCAAAAUCAAUCCCCAAAUAAAAUAAAAAAAAUUCUCACAGCAAAAAAACUGAACGCACGCUGCAAAUGAAAGCAAAAUCAACACUGCAAAGAAAAGUUAACCGCACGCCACAAAUGAAAGGGAAAUAAACUAUGCGCACGCAUUUUAACGAGAGGGCAUGAGACCUAGUAGUAAGCUCUAAGAUUCGCGCCCUUUUUCGAAGACAGAGUUUAAUAAAUAUGGCGUCCAGUGAAAACUCGAGCUGCUCCAGCGAAGACGAAUCGGCUGAAACAACUCAACACGGCGAUUUACCUGGUGGAUCAGAAAGAGAUGUUAUUACGUAUUACUUUUACAGAGGUCUUACGUAUAGGCAUAUCUGAUGUUGGAGAAGCAACAUAUUACAAUGAAUCAGCGAACUUUUAAGCGAAGGCUGAAAGACUACGUACUUAAGAGACGUGAAAAAGUAGACGAGGAGCUCAAGGAACGCAUCAGGGAUCUCAUUUUACAAGAUAUAUGUACUGGUCCUGAUAGCCUUAAUGGUUACAGGACUAUGUGGCAUGUCUUGCGUCUCAGACACCGGAUUAAUGUUCCCCGGCGAUUAGUAGAGUCAUUAUUAAGGGAGGUCGAUCCUAGGGGAGUGGAACACAGAAGGAACCGUUGCCUUCAGCGCAGGAUGUAUGUGUCACCUGGAUCCAACUUCUGGCACAUGGACGGGUACGAUAAACUAAA